AUGUUUGACUUUGAGAUAUGUUCUUAUAAGCCUGGGUAUUUCAACCUGACGUCUGGCACUGGUUGUCAGCAGUGUAACUGUGACACGUUGGGUAGUGUGAACAGUACUUGUGACGUGCAAACCGGUCAGUGCCGUUGCAAACCAGGCGUUACGGGACGCAGGUAA